AUCCUUGUGCAUAGAGAAUGAAUAUAGAGUAUGAUACCGUGAUGUAAUGAUGCACGGAUGAUGAUACAGGAUGUCUGGUCGUUAGUUUAUUUUGUUUCUUUCAGUGUUUUCACCUGUAUGGUGAAUUUUAAUUUGUGUGUCUACUCUCCGUUUACGUGUGUGUCUCGGAGAAAUUGAUUAUUAUAGAGGUACAUUAAAGUAUAUGGAUAAAAUGGCACAGGACGAAAAUUCGUGGAGAACGACAACAUUUCGUCAAAGCGUUGUUGCUAAAAUAGACGAAGCUAUUCAGAGAUCUGGUAUGCCAACAACAAAAAAUAGUAUGGAAAUGGAAAAUCAUGUUUUUCAAAAAGCAAAAACCAAGGAGGAAUACUUGAGUUUUGUAGCACGUCUCAUACUUCAUGUCAGAGAAAUGAAUUCCAAGAAAGGUGGGAGCAUGGGGGGACCUGCUGGUAAUACAGGACAGCCUAUGCAAGAUCCAAUUGGGGCAUUACAAAACCUUGCACGACAAGGCACAGGCAACAAUCAAAUGAUGGGAAUAGGUGUUCCACAAAAUGCAGGAAUGGUUCCUCAGCAAUCACCACAGAUUCCUGCAACCAACUUGUUGCAGACAUUAAAUCAAAGACCUGGCCAAGGUUUACCUGGUCUCCCUACAUUACCAAACAAAAUGCCUGAAAUGGCAAUGGGUGGUUCUCAGGUGGGUGCGAUGGGACAGAUGCCAGGGCAACUAAACCAAAUGCCUGGUCAAAUGGGUUCACCAAUGAGGAUGCCCAUGCCAGGGCAAAUGCCAGGUCAGAUGCCUGGACAAAUUCCUGGACAAAUGCAAGGACAAAUAGCUACUCAGAUGCAGAAUCAGAUGGGGGGCCAGAUGCCAGGACAAAUGCCUGCCCAGAUGCCAGGGCAAAUGCCAGGGCAAAUUCCUCAUAUAGCACAGAUGGCUGGUCGUAAGGGACCUGAAAAUAUGAUGAUGGUAAAUCAAAAUGCUGGAUUUGCUGGGCCUCGUAAUGUAACACCGAAUCAGUUUUUGCAUCGAAGCCCUUCACCUUCUGCACCAUCACCAGCUGGUUUGGGCAAUGCACCAUCAAGCAAUCAGAUGGCUGCAUCUCCUGCACUAGUUCCUUCUCCAAACCCUCAGCUGACUCCCAUGUCAGUACCUCAGAGAUCAGUUGGAAUGGCUCCCUCUCCCAGCAGUUCAUUGAACACUCCCGGGCAGACUGUCCCCACUCCUAGUCCUUGCAGUCUUCAGGAAGAUCAAGCUUACAGGGAUAAAGUAAGACAACUAAGCAAAUACAUAGAGCCAUUGAGAAGAAUGAUUGCCCGAAUGGGAAACGAUGAUGUUGAGAAAUUGAGUAAAAUGAAGAAACUGCUAGAGAUUCUUUCCAACCCAAGUAAACGUAUGCCGCUUGAAACACUUUUGAAGUGUGAAGUUGUAUUAGAAAAACUUGAUCUCAAACGUGGAGAAGGCAGUGCUGCUCCACAGAAUACUCAACUUGCAUCUUUAAAAGAGCAUCAUAUUUUCACCCCUAUUCUUGAAGCUGUGAACAGUACAUUGCAAAGUCCUGUUGUAAAUCACACUCUUCAGCGAACAUUUGGUCCUUGUUUAGAGGCUUUAUUUGGUCCAGAAAUCAAAAUGCUUCCACCCCCUUUGAAAAAGAAAAAGGUGGAAGAAUCCCCAAAUGACAUCCCUGAUGUUUUACAAGGUGAAAUAGCCCGGCUGGACCAGCGAUUUAAGGUAAGCUUGGAUCCAACUCAACAUCCUGGAUCUCGAUCAGUUCAACUAUUGUGUUGGUUGGAUGACAGACAUCUCCCAUGUGUGCCACCAGUAUCUUUGACUGUGCCAGAGGACUACCCACAGAGCCCACCAAGAUGUCAUAUGGCCCCACAUGAGUACAGCUCCACUCAAUUUCUUACUGCUGUACAGAAAGCUUUAGCCUCGCGAAUCCGCAAAUUACCCAGCAGAUUCUCUGUGUCUCAGCUCUUAGAUACCUGGGAAAUGAGUGUGCGGCAGGCAUCAGCUCCAGCUCAGACACCUGUGUCAGUUGCUACUGUACUUAUGGGCCUGUAAACACCUUCCAUUUUUUCCAAUAUUUUUUGAAAGUGAAUAUGAAAAUAUUACAUUUGAAUCUCAUUAUUCAAAUAUAUUUAUGAAUAUUGAUAUACAUAAGUCAGACAAUCUUUUUAUACAGUGUAAUUACCUGAUUUUUGUGUUUUCUUGUAAACCCUUGUUGUUGUUGUUUUUAUUUUUGUGCAAUGUAGACCAAAUGGAAAUCAAAAUAGACAAUUUAUUUGUUUGGUAACCAUGUAUCAGUAGUUGUCAAAUAUUAGUCAAAUGAAAACAGUAAAUGUUUUUUGAAAUAUUUU